CCUGCUUCCUGUCCACCCAGCACAAUCGAGAAGCUGUUGGCUGCGAUGGUAUCACGGAGUCACCUUGGCACAUCCGGUAUCAAUGCUAGCAUUGCUAUAACUAAUGCAUGUCAGACUAGUGGGAAUCAUAAGGAAUUCGAUGCUCUAUUCUAUUAUUUCGUAUGUACAGUGGGAUUGUUAGCAGUCAUUUGCCUAGUAUGCACUUUUGUGUCUUGUUCCAAACAACUCAAUGUUAAUACAACAAUAACACAAGUGAUAAAGGCGUUUUGUAUGAAAGAAAAUGCCUCUAACCUGUUUAAGAUGAGAAGAGAUGGCUUGGAAGCUAUUUAUGGAGUCAAAUGGUUGACAAUGUGUUUGAUAGCUGUUGAUCAUCUGAUAAGUAUUGUUAAUUCUGGUCCUAUCAGCGAUGGAUAUACUUCAGAUCGAGUGGUCCGAUCGUUUUUCGGGCUUUUCCUUGUCCACAACGAUCUAUUUGUGGAUACGUUUUUCUUUUUAUCUGGACUCCUCACGUUUUCGGCUUUUACAACCUACGAAAAAUUACCGAAUCCGUUCUUGAUAAUCUUCAAAAGAUACAUCAGACUUAUAGUGGCACUUGCAGUGGUAAUAUUCUAUGUUUGCGCGGUACAUACUUACACAGGAAACGGCCCUCUGUGGAACAAAUUAGUCGAUCUAGAAAUAGAACUCUGUAGGAAGAACUGGUGGCUUAAUUUGCUGAUGAUCAACAAUUACGUCGACACUGAAAACAUGUGCUUAAUAAUAUCUUGGUAUAUACCCUGCGACUUCCACUUCUUCGUGAUCACCGUAUUCUGGUUCUCUAUAUACAAAAAGUAUCCAAAAGCAGGUCUCAUAGCUGCUAGCGUCAUGUUUAUGAUCGCACUUUCGCUACCAGGGAUCAUUACCUACUUGUACCGGUUGUCUGCAGUCCAGAUUUUCACUAUUGAAUUUCUCGUGAAUCCUCGUGGUAGUCACGAUUUGCAUGUACUGUACAUUAAAAGUCAUGCCCGUUACGCGACAUAUCUCGUCGGCGUACUUUUUGGAUUCAUCUUUGCGAAAUAUAAGGCCGAAGGGAAACUGAAUACUGUGUCGAAGAAAUGGACCGUCCUGUUUGCAAUUAUAGCGUCAACUUUGAUGCUGGCGGUUUUAGUGUACGGUGGCACAUUUAUAUGGCGCGAAUACUGGCCGUUAGAGAGCGCAAUAUAUGCCGCACUGAACAGACCGGCCUGGGCAUUCGGAAUGGGACUGCUCAUCAUGUGCUGCGCGUUUGGACAGCUGCCCUUAAUUAACGGUAUCCUUACAUGGUACCCAUGGGUCCCCGUGAGUCGACUGACGUACGGAAUUUACUUUACCCACACCAUCAUAAUCGCACGAAACGUCUUCAUCACGAGGAACCUGCAACAUAACGAUUAUUUUAAAAUUCUCGUUGAUGGAACUGGUACAAUAUUUUGGUCAUGCAUAUUCGCUCUGCUGCUUUGGUUGUUGGCUGAAGCGCCAAUUAAUAAGCUAAUCGACAUUUGCUUGAGAUCACUAAUUCGGAAGGGGGAAAAAAGAGCUCAAGAAGUUUCUGAAGGAAACGGAAAUUCUCAAAAGAACUUCAAAUCGAUCGACCGUGAUAAUUUCGCCAAGGAGGAAAAUCUUUCUACAAAUAUUCAACUAGAAUCUAAAAUGUAAAUAAGUGUAUCCAGCGGAGCCCCUAUAUUUGAUACUCAAAAGUGACGAAGCUGGUGAAAAUUAUGAUGAAAGAUUCCAUAUUAUGGAUAAAUAGAUGUGAAAGGCUUAACAAGGUAGCGAGUUCAUUAAGUAUUUCAAAAUCCCACCUUUAUUUUUAAUUUCAUUUCUUAAUUUUAUGUUAGUUUACGAAUGCCGCAUGUCAGUAUUAAUAUAAUUAUCAGUAUAGACUUUUGUGAACGUUAUAUGAUAGGAAAAUGUUUUAAAUGCGACAAGUAACUAUUUAUAAUGGCUUUUUUCUCACUUAGAUAUAUGCAUAUUAAAAUAGUAAAUUUGACUUAGCCUUCACAAAUGAUUCAGAAAUCUGACAAGCAGUACGCUGCGACUUGACUUUGUCCACAAGGUAUUUACUGCCCACUUCAUACAUAGCCAAUCAUACCA